AGCGACGUCAUUAGGGCAGAGAUUUGUGAAGAAUAAGCAGACAGAAGCAAAGAGCCCCGGAGGUGCGGCACUUUCUUACCACUUGCAUCGUUCCUGUUGUUAUUUUUUCUGCUGUUUUCCCGGCCAGACAGAGAACAGAGUAUCUGUUCCACAUUUUUAGAGACCCAAAUGCCCGGUCCCACCCAAGCCCUUUCCCCAAAUGGAGAGAAUAACAACGACAUCGUCCCGGACAACGGAUCCAACAUCAUUCCUUACAGGAAAAAUACAGUGCGGGGAGAGCGCGCAUACAGUUGGGGGAUGGCGGUCAACGUAUAUUCUACCUCAAUAACCCAGGAGACUAUGAGCAGGCAUGACAUCACUGCCUGGGUUAACGAUAUUCUCUGCCUAAACUACACGAAAGUGGAGCAGCUCUCCUCAGGCGCUGCGUAUUGCCAGUUCAUGGAUCUGCUCUUCCCUGGUUGCAUCAGUCUUAAGAAGGUCAAAUUUCAAGCUAAGCUGGAGCAUGAGUACAUUCAUAAUUUCAAACUGUUGCAGGCAUCCUUCAAAAGGAUGAAUGUGGACAAGAUUAUUCCUGUAGAGAAACUGGUUAAAGGCAGAUUUCAGGACAAUCUCGAUUUCAUCCAAUGGUUUAAGAAGUUCUUUGAUGCUAAUUACGAUGGUAAAGAUUAUGACCCAGUUGCAGCCAGACAGGGUCAGGAUGCCAUCCCCCCACCUGACCCUGGUGAGCAGAUCUUCAACCUGCCAAAGAAGUCCCAGCAUGCAGCUAGCUCCCCGACCGCAGGAGCAUCAAGGUCGAGCUCAACAACUCCUAAGUCCUCAACACCAACAUCCAGACCCUCGUCAGCCAAAAAGAUCCCUGCAAUAGCAACUCCUGCCAAAGGAGAGAAAGAACUGGACGCACAGGUCACACAUCUAACAGAAGAGGUCAGCACGUUAAAAUUGGCACUGGAAGGCGUGGAGAAGGAGAGGGACUACUACUUCAGCAAGCUGCGAGAGGUGGAGCUGCUGUGCCAGGAACAGGGUGAAGAAAACGGCCCGUUUGUCGAGCGGCUAAUGGAGGUCCUUUACGCCUCAGACGAACAGGAGGGAGCAGAGCUGGCUGAGGGUGAUGGACAAGAAGUGGAACAGCAAGCUCAAGAGGAGGCAACAGAUGAUCAACAGGAGGAGCAGGAUGAAUACUGACUGCCAUCAUCAUCACCCCUCACCACAGUUACCCCCUUCUUUUUAAUAUGUGAGAACUGUUCAACGGAUUUUAAUUUUUCCUCAUUGUUCCUUUUUUUGUUCUCUUUGAGACUGAGCACAUGAAGCAACCUCCUGAAUGCAAGCACCAUCACAGUUUUUAUUUUUUUGUAUCUCUCCACUGCUCACUGUUGAUGUUUUUUUUGUGACUAUUGGUGAACUGCUGUGGUGGGUUUGUGGAGAUGACCUCCAAUCUCAGACCAUCACAGAAGUUUCCGAGGAUUGUGUGGGUGGACAGUCUGUUCAAAAUCUACAGUAGAUGUGAUGAAAUGCUGAAGUUUAGACAGGUAACUGUUAUCUGUCGGUGCAAGUGUUAACUUCCCAGCCUCUGUCCUUUUUUUUUUUUUUUUUUUUUUCAUUUUAUUUUGUUUUGUAAUUUGCAUUUAAAAAAUAUAUUAAUCACCAUAAUGCAAUAAGCAAAGCCCUGUAAGGGCUCGUAGUGGCUCUUAUUUAACCUCCUUCCACAAGUUGCACUGACAUUUGACUCUGUACUGGACAAUCUGUCCAUAGACUCACCAUAUUUAUUAUUAUUAUUGUUAAGCCUUAGAAAUAGUGCAAGCUUCUGCAUUGCAUCCUCGUGAAGGAGGACAAUACAGUCAAUGACUUGUGAAUGCAAUGUAGUAAAAUGCCAACUUAUGACUGUUUGACAGCUAUCCACACACAAAUUUCAAGAUUUCAGAUAAUCAGUGUGUCCAAUGUGUUCUUCACACCAUACAAUGUGGUAUGAUAGUUUACUUUUUAUAUCAUAAACAUAGGGCAGGAAGAAACACUAUUGUGGACUCGUCUUAUAAUGGUGCAACAUUUUAUAUUUUAACCUUAGCUGGAACUUGUGGUCUGUUCAGAUUUCAGCUGUUUGUUUCGGAGUAUUUCUUUUUUAAACCCCAGGUCUCUGGGUGUUGGUUCACUGAGUCAUUUGCCAUGCUAUAUUCCAGUAAGUACAUUGUAUACCCUUUCUUAAUAUUGCAUUUACUAAUAUUGAACUGGGCAGUGCACCAUAAUGCUUUAGUCAUAUAUAAUUGUGUAAAGGAAAAGGAAUGUAAACAUGUUCUGUCAAUAAUUAAUGAAUGGUAAAUGUUUUUUUUUUCAUGUCCCACUCAUUAUGCAUUCCCCCCAAAAAACGUGUUGCAUGUAUGCAUUUUAUUUGUGAAUAACUUGACCUGCUUUUUACAUAUUUAAUAAAAAAAAAAACAAGUA